AUAUCGAAGCUGUCACACUCACACAGUUGUUCUAUCGAUGUGAAAUCCCUGCACGCGUUUUUUCAUCUUGUGAAAUUGCAUCGGUUUUCGCUAAAUUUUACCCAAUAUUUGAAGUUAUUUCUAUCGUGAAUUAAAUUAUACUGAUUAAAUAAUUUCCGGGUGUGCAUAUUUUGUUGUCUAAAUGUCUCUCCGCAGCGUCCGGAUCCAGAAACAUCUCCAUCAACCAGCUGCAACUGUGAACGCAGGAGAACCUGGGGAUGCUGCGACGCGAAAGAGGAAGCUGAGUGAGGAUGGAGCUGAAGUGGAUGGGCAGAAUGAGGAAAUGAAGAAGGAAGAAGCUCCUGAAGUGGCAAAGCCGGUAACGUUGACGCUGCAGGAAAAGGAGAUAAUGCUACAGACCUUUCGACGCCUGGAGCCCAAUGCUCCAAUUCUGGUAUCUCAGGAUUGUCUAGUUCAGUCCAAUUGGGAUCUAGAGAAAGCUAGGAUUAUGCUGAAAGAAAAUCGCAGUGGUAGAGGCUUCCAGCAGAACAGAGCCCUUCAACCGACGUCGUCAGCUUCCUCGACAUCUUCCGGAUACUCUUCCUGCAGUUCUUCACUCAAGAAGACCCCCCCUUCUACAAUCCAGGCCAAGAAGGCUCGCUAUCGUGAGGCUGCUAGCGAUGACAGCGAAGAUCCAGAUGCCAAUCAGCCCACAGAUAAAGUUUUUGACAGUGAUCUGGACAGUGACGAGGAAGAUUCGGAACAUGUGUCCAAGGAUCGCAAGGCUGUGCUGAAGUAUAUUAAUGAAUCGAGUCUGCAGGAAUUGGUGGUGAUAAAAACGUGUUCCCAGAAAAAAGCUCAGACUCUCAUUGACGCUAGACCCUAUCCCAAUUGGUCCAGCCUUGUCCAGACCGUGCAGAACAAUCGGAGUCUCUCCACGGAUAUCCUAAAUAAUUGCCAGGAUCUCCUGAAGCGUCGCAAAAAUAUCUCAUUGAUCAUGAAAAAGUGCACGAAAAUGGUGAAGAGGCUGGAAGCGGCUGUAUCCAAAGGAGCUGGUCUGACCAAGCAGCCCUCCAUUCUCACGGAAUCCCUCCAAUUGGCAGAGUAUCAGAUGAUCGGCCUCAAUUGGCUGACAGUGAUGCACAAUGAGAAGAUGAAUGGGAUUUUGGCGGAUGAGAUGGGCUUGGGAAAAACUAUUCAGGUCAUUGCUUUCCUGGCCUAUUUGAAGGAGCAUGGGCUGGCCAAGAAGACCCAUUUGAUUGUGGUGCCCUCGUCGACGCUCCACAAUUGGGAGAAUGAGCUCAUGCGGUGGUGUCCGUCGUUCGUGUUGGAGAAGUACUAUGGCUCCCUCGAGGAGAGGAAGAAUCUCCGAAUUCGCUGGGCUCGUGGUGGCUUAGAAGGCAUCGACAUUAUCCUGACCACCUACCACAUGGUGGCUUCACUGCCCGAGGAGAGAAAAAUGUUCAGGACGACACAAUUGCAUUAUGUGGUGUUUGAUGAGGCUCAUAUGUUAAAGAAUAUGACAACGCAGCGGUAUGAAUAUCUUGAUAAGAUCAACUCCGAAAGGAGAAUCUUGUUGACGGGAACUCCACUGCAGAAUAAUUUGCUAGAGUUGAUGUCUCUCUUGUGCUUCGUGAUGCCGUCGUUAUUUGCGAAGCGUCAAGAAGAUAUUCGUAAUCUCUUUUCGCGUAAUUCGAAGAAUCAGGUGAAGAUGGAGGAUGAUGAGGAUGGAAAGAAGGUUAAUGGGAACAGUGAGAGUAGCAGUGAGAGUUUUGAGCAGAAUCAAAUAGAUCAGGCUAAGAGGAUUAUGAAGCCAUUUGUGCUGAGACGCCUGAAGCGAGAUGUUCUGAAGUAUUUGCCACCAAAGACUGACGAGGCGAAACUCAUUCCAAUGACGGAGGAUCAGGAGGAGAAGUACAAGAAGCUGGUGGAGAUGUAUACGCAGGAUUCGGGAGUGGUUAAGGGAACGGCAGAACUAAAUGGACUCUCGAUAAUGAUGGACAUGAGAAAAUUAGCUAAUCAUCCACUUUUGAUGCGCUACCACUAUACAGAUGCCAAGCUCAGGGAGAUUGCUAGGCGUCUGGCUAUUGAUCAUCAAUUUAAAUCUAACCAUCCGGAUCAUAUUUAUGAAGAUUUGCUCUGGAGAUCAGACUUUUACAUUCAUCAGUUGGCACUUAAGUACAGGACCAUUGUGGAGCAUCGACUGCCCAUGGAAAUCAUUUUGGAAUCUGGAAAAUUUCAACAGUUGGACAAACUCUUGCCCAAAUUGAAGGCUGAAGGACAUCGUGUGCUCAUCUUCAGCCAAUUCACCAUUAUGAUGGAUAUUCUGGAGGCGUAUAUGAAAAUCCGGGAUAUUGAUUGCCUUCGACUCGAUGGGAAUACCACUGUGAGCGAUAGGCAGGAUCUGAUUGACGAAUACAACACGGACAACAAGGUGUUUGUCUUCCUUCUGUCCACGCGAGCUGGUGGCUUGGGAAUUAAUCUCACGGCAGCUGACACUGUGAUCAUUCAUGACAUUGACUUCAAUCCCUACAAUGAUAAGCAGGCGGAGGAUCGAUGCCAUCGCAUGGGGCAGGAGAAACCCGUCCAUAUCUACAAAUUCAUCUCUCAGGGCACCAUCGAGGAAGGUAUGCUGAUGGUGGCGCAAGAGAAAUUGAAGUUGGAGCAGGAAGUCACCAGUGCAACUGAAACUUCUCCGGAUGAGGAGAGGAAGUGUAUGGUGAGGCUGCUGACAUUGUCACUGGGAAUGAACACAGAGAGAGCCGAGAAGUUACUUUCAUCCGGCACGAGUGGUAAAAAGUAUGAGGAGUAAUUAAAUUUGUCUCUCUUAUUCACCAGGCCGACAUCCAAGUGAUGAGAAUAAUAGAACAUGAGCUGAUGAUUGUUAUAUAGUAAAACGGUCAUAUUUUUUGUCACAUUUAAUUUUAUAAUAAUGAUUUACAAAAAAAAAAAGAAAAAAAGGAAAAAAGAAAAAGUGAGAUUUAGCAUUGUGAGAAUGAGAGGGUAGUAUUGUUUUUUUUCGUUCUUUUUUGUCAAAAAUAAAAUCUUUUAAUGCAAAAUGUGA